UAUGCAUGUAUGGACGCACGUAAAUACGCGCACGAUCGGACGCUCUCGUUUCCGCCGCGUUCCGCGAGCGGGGGUUGCGGCGGCGCGACCGUCGUUUCGCGACGACCGGCAAUGCAGCGUUCGUGGGCAAAAAGAAAAUAUACUAAAUUCACGACUCGCGAUGGCAAACAAGAUAAAUAUAUCGGCGGCCGCGAAAUACACACGCGGUUCGCCGUAAUUUUUUUUUGCGUGUCCUUCCCUCCCGCCGCCGAUUUUCCAUUGAUCGCCAAUCGCGAACCGCGCGUGUGGUGCGAGUCUACCGCGCUGAUUGGUCGAAUCACCAUUGUAGAAUGAUCAGUUGAAAAUUAUAGUUUAAUCGUAUAGAUGUCGUUAGUCUGUCUCACUACCAGAUUUUGGUUUACAUGCUCCUUCCUGACAUAUCUGUGAUGGUGUUUAAUCGUGUUGUGUGACACGUCACGAUAAAUUGUUCCUAUUAGAAAUAUAAUUUUUUCUUAAAAUUACAAAAUGGAAUUGAGGAUAAUUUCCUGGAUCUUGGGCCUGUUUAUACUCGUGAUGGCGAUGACGUCGGCUGCUAAGGAACAAAAAAAGAAAUCUUGGCGUGACAAGGAUAUACGAGACAUGACGGACGCUGACCUGGAACAUCUGCUGGAACAGUGGGAAGAAAACGAUGAACCUUUGGAACCAGACGAGUUGCCAGAACACCUGAGACCUGCUCCAAAGAUAGAUGUAUCCAAGUUAGACUUAAAAAAUCCAGAGAGCGUACUGAAAGCAACAAAGAAGGGAAAAAGCGUUAUGAUGUUCGUAAAUCUUGAUCCAAGUAUCUUAGAAGAGCAAGCCGACAUCACGACGCGUAUCUGGCAAACUGGUCUACAAAACAAUCAUAUUACUGUAGAAAGAUAUCCGAUUGAAAAUAAACGUUACAUAUUCAUGUUCCACGACGGAGCUCAGGCUAUCGAAAGUAAAAACUAUUUGCUGCAACAACCUGAAAUAGCUCAUAUCACUAUCGAAGGGCAGACAUAUUAUCCGCCAUUAUCAAAGGGACAAAACUUCAUCGUCGACGAGUCAUUGAAAAAGCCAAGCACAGAGAAAAGCGAGCUUUGAAUCUUGACGCGUUACUGCAUUUUCGUUUAUCUAUCUACUUAUCUACCUAUCUUUGUACAAAAAGUACUCUUUUAAGAGUAUAUAUUUUUUAGUUGUUUUUGAUAUAUUUUUUUCAGUGUACACAAGCUUUUGUCAAAAGUUAAAUUUAUACUGUGCGUUUAUUACCAUAAUAAAUCAUAUAAAUAAA